GGUAAAAAUGUAAGUGAACUUGCAACUUCAAAUGGUUCAGAUGCCAUGGGUGAAACUUCUGUUGAUUGUUCAGAAGUACAAGAUGUGAGAACAACUGAUGGGUCUCAACUUCCUGGUUUCUAUGCUUCAGAAAAUAAGAGCCAGAUUUCAGAAGGAUCUCAAAAACUGAGUAAAGCUCAGAAACGAAGGAAUAAGAAAAGUAUAAUGGAAAAAGAAAGGAUAAAAGCCAUAAUCGAACAAGAAGAAAAAAAUCUAAGUGGAAGUCGUCAUAUAGAGUCUGAAAAAAUUAGGAAAAAGUUAUCUGAUAGAAAUCUUGUUAUUCACGAGAUUCCAUCUGAUGGGAAUUGCUUGUAUAAAGCUAUUGAACAUCAACUGUCAACUUUAAAUUUGCAG